CUCGAAGAACCAGAGCACUCUAGCAGCCCAGCAACUCGUGGCCACACCCACACCUCCCGCGUCCCGCCAUCCGCAACCGCCUCCGUCCCACCGCAACGGUCACUUCCUCCCCUCGGCGGGCGGCGCCCUCCAACCCAACCUCCACUCUUCUCCUCCCCUCUCCUCCGCGGCUAGGGUACCGCCGCGUCUCCCGCCGCACUCAUGGCCGCGCCCGUGGCCACCUCGCUAGCCCCUCGCGUCUCCCUCCCGCCGCCCGCUCGCCCCACCGCUGCCUCCUCCCGCGGCCUGGACCUCGUCUCCCUCCCUGGCCUCCGCCACCGCCACCUCCGUCUCCGCCGCUCACCGUCGCCGGUGGGGACUGCCGCCGCGAGCUCCCCAUCCGUGCCCUCCUCUUCUCCGGAUCCAGGGUCGGGAAUCGGCGAGGCCCUUGGCGGCGUCGAAAUCUACUCCGCGGCUACCGGCGAGCCCGUCCUGUUCAGGGAUCUGUGGGACCAGAACGAGGGAAUGGCUGUUGUUGCGCUGCUAAGGCAUUUUGGGUGCCCUUGCUGCUGGGAGUUGGCCUCUGUUUUGAGGGACACAAAGGAGAGAUUUGAUUUGGCUGGAGUAAAACUCAUUGCUAUUGGUGUUGGCACUCCAGAUAAAGCCCGUAUUCUUGCUGAGCGUUUGCCCUUUCCAUUAGAAUACCUGUAUGCAGAUCCUGAACGGAAGGCGUAUGAUCUCUUGGGUCUAUAUUUUGGUGUUGGGCGCACAUUCUUCAACCCAGCCAGUGCGAAAGUGUUUUCAAGGUUUGACUCCCUUAAGGAGGCGGUGAAGAAUUAUACAAUCGAAGCCACCCCAGAUGAUAGGGCAGGUGUCCUACAGCAGGGGGGAAUGUUUGUAUUUAAAGGUAAAGAACUGUUAUAUGCAAGGAAAGAUGAGGGCACAGGUGACCAUGCACCUUUGGAUGAUGUGCUCAACAUUUGCUGCAAAGUUCCAGUAUCCUGAUGGCACGUCCUACAGCUCAGUAGUUAAAAAAUACUUUUGGUGUCCUUGAUUCCCGAAGUUCCAAGACUGUGUCUUCUGCAAGAGUGGCUUCUCCAUCGAUGUGCAUUUGAUAUACCAAUGUGCCAAGCGUCACCUAUAAUAUAGGUCCGUCCUAAAUUACUAUUCCUUUUGGCUUUUCUAUGUACACAUCAUUCGCUACGUAUCUGGACAUAAGUUAAUACGAAUAGUAAUUUGGGAUGGAGGGAGUACAUUGAUGAUUGUGAACUGUGCACUGUAA